AUGAAUGCUUCAGUAAAUUUUCUCGAUGUCACAAUUACAAAUGAAAAUGGACAAUUGAAAAAAUCUAUUUAUCAUAAACCAACGACUGAACCAUAUAUAUUACCAUAUGCAUCGGAUCAUCCACGACAUAUUCAUCGUAAUAUAUCAUAUGCUGCGUUAAUGAAUGCAGCUCGUCUUUGUUCCAAGGUACAUGAUUUUACUUCUGAGCAACUACACAUUGAUAUGUCAUUGUUAUUAAAUAAUUCUCCACCGAAAUUUAUAAAGAAACAACUUCAUCGAUUUUCCGAAUGCAAUGAUACUAUGUCGGUAUGGCGAGGAUUAGAUGAACCUGUAUAUCAUCGAUUACACCAGCGGUUAUUGUAUCAACCAACAAGACGAGAAAAGGUACUUAAAAAUAUGUUACAAGACCCGAUUCGAUCACCGACAGUAUUGCAAACGAAAGUAUGGGACAAAGACAUCAUGUUUCCACGUUAUUAA